AUGGACACAGAGGGUGCAUACAACUUACUAAUCAGCCAUGGUUGUGCUGCAGUGCUGCUUAGUGUGAACUCAGCUGAGGUGCAUACUGUAUGUGUUAGAAAAUCCCCGGGAGGCAGGGGAACGUUGUGCCAUGAUCAGAGGAGCUAGACUUCGCUCCCUCUGGCUCUCUCUCUUUCUCUCUCUCACUGUCUCUCCCUCACUCUGUCUCCUCACUGCUCCCAGCUCAUUCCAAGAUCAAAGCCAUUCCAUGUCUUUGUGAAUAUGACAUUACUCACAACUUAUUUAUUUAUUUCCCUGGCUUUUUCACAAGUACAGUCAUGGUCAAAAGUUUUGAGAAUGAGACAAAUACUGAUUUUCACGAAGUCUGCUGCCUCAGUUUUGAUGAUGGCAAUUUGCAUAUACUCCAGAAUGUCAUGAAGAGUGAUCAGAUGAAUUGCAAUUAAUUGCAAAGUCCCUCUUUGCCAUGAAAAUGAACUUAAUCCCCAAAAAACAUUUGCACUGCAUUUCAGCCCUGCCACAAAAGGACCAGCUGCCAUCAUGUCAGUGAUUCUCUCGUUAACACAGGUGAGUGUUGACGAGGACAAGGCUGGAGAUCACUCUGUCAUGCUGAUUGAGUUAGAAUAACAGACUGGAAGCUUUAAAAGGAGGGUGGUGCCACCAUCAUUGCUUUGCACAAAAAGGGCUUCACAGGCAAGGAUAUUGCUGCUAGUAAGAUUGCACCUAAAUCAUCCAUUUAUCGGAUCAUCAAGAACUACAAGGAGAGAAGUUCAAUUGUUGUGAAGAAGGCGUCAGGGCGCCCAAGAAAGUCCAGCAAGCGCCAGGACUGUCUCCUAAAGUUGAUUCAGCUGCGGGAUCGGGGCACCACCAGUGCAGAGCUUGCUCAGGAAUGGCAGCAGGCAGGUGUGAGUGCAUCUGCACACACAGUGAGGCAAAUACAGCCUGGUGUCAAGAAGGGCAGCAAAGAAGCCACUUCUCCCCAGGAAAAACAUCAGGGACAGACUGAUUUUCUGCAAAAGGUACAGGGAUUGGACUGCUGAGGACUGGGGUAAAGUCAUUUUCUCUGAUGAAUCCCCUUUCCAGUUGUUUGGGGUAUCCGGAAAACACCUUGUCCGGAGAAGACAAGGUGAGCGCUACCAUCAGUCCUGUGUCAUGCCAACAGUAAAGCAUCCUGAGACCAUUCAUGUGUGGGGUUGCUUCUCAGCCAAGGGAGUGGGCUCACGCACAAUUUUGCCUAAGAACACAGCCAUGAAUAAAUAAUGGUACCAAAACAUCCCCCGAGAGCAACUUCUCCCAACCAUCCAAGAACAGUUUGGUGACGACCAAUGCCUUUUCCAGCAUGAUGGAGCAACUUGCCAUAAGGCAAAAGUGAUAACUAAGUGACUCAGGGAACAAAACAUCAACAUUUUGGGUCCAUGGCCAGGAAACUCCCCAGACCUUAAUCCCAUUGAGAACUUGUGGUCGAUCCUCAAGAGGCGGAUGGACAAACAAAACCCCACAAAUUCUGACAAACUCCAAGCAUUGAUUAUGCAAGAAUGGGCUGCCAUCAGUCAGGAUGUGGCCCAGAAGUUAAUUGACAGCAUGCCAGGGCGGAUUGCAGAGGUCUUGAAAAAGAAUGGUCAACACUGCAAAUAUUGACUCUUUGCAUAAACUUAAUGUAAUUGUCAAUAAAAGCCUUUGACAAUUAUGGAAUGCUUGUAAUUAUACUUCAGUAUACCAUAGUAACAUCUGACAAAAAUAUUUCAUAACACUGAAGCAGCGAACUUUGUGAAGACCAAUACUUGUGUCAUUCUCAAAACUUUUGACCACGACUGUAUAUAAAAGGAAUUCCUCCCCCACCACAUCGGGGAAUAAAGUUACUGCAGGUCAGCAUAUCUGUGAGGUUCGCUCGAAUCAAAGACUACAAUGCGGUUACACAAUGCACCUCACUGUGAAAAUCUGACAUAGUUAUAAAUAGUUUCCUUUGUGAUAUAUUACAGUUGUUAUAGGAAUUCCCCAUUGAGGAGUUGGGUCUUUUUCCAAAUAUUAAAAUGCAUAGGCCAUAUAAAUAUAAUUACACUGAAAAUACCAUGUCAGCCAUGGUAUUUUCUCAGGAGCUUUACCCGUUCUAGUAAUUAUAUUUAUAUUGGUUAGACUGACCUUGUUCCUAGAUGGUUGAUGAUGAUUCCUUCAUCACAAGGGAAAUUAUCAGUGUGCUAUGUAUAUGACAAGCUUACGAAAAAGUUAUUCGAACUUCUGCAGUUAGUCAGAUAUGACCUGAAAGGCACAGGCAAUCAGGGUUGGGGUCAAUUCGAAUUGCAGGCAGUCAAUUCAGGAAGUAAACUGAAAUUACAUUUAUUUAAAAAAUAAAUACAUUUCAGAAUUUUUCAUUUAAAUCACUUCCUGACUGCCUUCAAUUUGAAUUGACCCCUGCAGGAAAUGCAUGGAGACCCGGCCGGAGGGAUUUGUGAAUCAAGUCGUGGUGUCUGAUAGUUUGUGAAGGGCAUGUAGGGAUGAGGAUUUGACUGACUGUCUAACUUCUCUUCACAUCUCAAAGCCUCAGACAUAAUCUGUCAACAGGAGCGGAGGGAAAAAAUUGGAACGGGUCAAAAAUCUAAUCCAAAGAACCGUCUGAUUUCACUUCUAUAUUGUGGCCUUGUUUAUAUACAGUCUUAGCACUCGUGUGAUGUUUACAUAGUGGGACAACAGUUGGCUUCAAUGGCUAAUGGAUUUACAGUGACCUGGCUGGUUUCAGUAUGGGGUAUCAUCUAAAGAGUGACUGAGGUUGUAAAAUACGUCAAUACAGGAUUAAGAUCGAAUCCUACUACACCGGCUCUGACACUUGUCAGAUGUGGCAGAGCUUGCAAACUAUCAUGGAUUACAAAGGGAAACCCAGUUCCGAGCUGCAACGGUGACGCAAACCUACCAGACAUGCUAAAUGCCCUCUAUGCUCACUUUGAGGCUAGCAACACUGAACCAUGCGUGAAAGCACCAGCUGUUCCGGACGACUAUGCUCUCCGUAGCCGAUGUGAGUAAGACCUUUAAACAGGUUAACAUUCACAGGGCGGCAGGGCCAGAUGGAUUACCAGGACGCGUACUCAGAGCAUGGCUGACCAGCUGGCAAGUGUCUUCACUGACAUUUUGAACCUCUCCCUGACCCAGUCUGUAAUACCUACAUGUUUCAAACAGACCACCAUAGCCCCCGUGCCCAAGAACGCCAAGGUAACCUGGUCAUGGCUCACAUCAACACCAUCAUUCCAGACACCCAGGACCCACUCCAAUUCGCAUACCACCCCAACAGAUCCACAGAUGACGCAAUCGCUAUUGCACUCCACACUGCCUUUUCCCACCGGACAAAAGGAACACCUACGUGAGAAUGCUGUUCAUUGACUACAGCUCAGCAUUCAACACCAUAGUCCCCUCCUGUACUCCCUGUUCACCCACGACUGCGUGGCCGUGCAUGACUCCAACACCAUCAUUUUUUUGCGGGUGUUUGCCUAUUACACAACGGUGGUAGGCCUGAUCACCGAUGCUGAUGAGACAGCCUACAGUGGCUUGCAAAAAUAUUCACCCCCCUUGGCAUUUUUCCUAUUUUGUUGCCUUACAACCUGGAAUUAAAAUAGAUUUUGGGGGGGUUUGUAUCAUUUGAUUUACACAACAUGUCUACCACUUUGAAGAUGCAAAAUAUUUUUUCUUGUGAAACAAACAAGAAAUAAGACAUAAAAACAGAAAACUUGAGCGUGCAUAACUAUUCACCCCCCCCCCCCCCCCCCCCCCCCCAAAGUCAAUACUUUGUAGAGCCACCACUGGGAUUUUUGCCCAUUCUUCAAGGCAAAACUGCUCCAGUUCCUUCAAGUUAGAUGGGUUCCGCUGGUGUACAGCAAUCUUUAAGUCAUACCACAGAUUCUCAAUUGGACUAGGCCAUUCCAAGACAUUUAAAUGUAUCCCCUUAAACCACUCGAGUGUUGCUUUAGCAGUAUGCUUAGGGUCAUUGUCCUGCUGGAAGGUGAACCUCCAUCCCAGUCUCAAAUCUCUGGAAGACUGAAACAGGUUUCCCUCAAGAAUUUCCAUGUAUUUAGCGCCAUCCAUCAUUCCUUCAAUUCUGACCAGUUUCCCAGUCCCUGCCAAUGAAAAACAUCCCCACAGCAUGAUGCUGCCACCACCAUGCUUCACUGUGGGGAUGGUGUUCUCGGGGUGAUGAGAGGUGUUGGGUUUGCGCCAGACAUAGCGUUUUCUUUGAUGGCCAAAAAGCUCGAUUUUAGUCUCAUCUGACCUGAGUACCUUCUUCCAUAUGUUUGGGGAGUCUCCCACAUGCCUUUUGGUGAACACCAAACGUGUUUGCUUAUUUCUUUCUUUAAGCAAUGGCUUUUUUUCUGGCCACUCUUCCGUAAAGCCCAGCUCUUUGGAGUGUAUGGCUUAAAGUGGUCCUAUGGACAGACACUCCAAUCUCCGCUGUAGAGCUUUGCAGCUCCUUCAGGGUUAUCUUUGGUCUCUUUGUUGCCUCUCUGAUUAAUGCCCUCCUUGCCUGGUCCGUGAGUUUUGGUGGGCGGCCCUCUCUUGGCAGGUUUUUUGCGGACACAUUAUUCCAUUUCUGUUAGUCACAUGUCUGUGGAACUUGUUCAGUUUAUGUCUCAGUUGUUGAAUCUUGUUAUGUUCAUACAAAUAUUUACACAUGUUAAGUUUGCUAAAAAUAAACCCAGUUGACAGUGAGCGGACUUUUCUUUUUUUGCUGAGUUUAUUUGAGGCAACUGCUCAUUGUGCAAAUGUAUUUGUUAUCAAGUAAACAUUUGAAGACACUAUAUAGUUUACAUGUUGUCAACAAUCUAAGCCAACCCUGUCUGUUUUGCCCCAUAGUUGCGCACGCAUCGGUUUUGUUGCUUAACAACCAACCCGUCUAUUGCAUAUUUUGACCUGAUGCAGAACAGUCUGGUCCAUCAACGGUAACCAGCUAAACAACACACUUUUCCCCCAUUGAUUUCACACAGAGCUUGUUUGAGAACAAGACGGUGGAGAAGACCAUGAAGAACCCUGACUGCCUCUCAGUGGAGAGGAUCUACCAGAAGAAGACCCAGCUGGAUGUCACGAUCAUUUACGGACGAGACGGACCAAGGCGCAGCGUGAUAAGCAUACAUGUUUAUUUACACGAAUAAACCCAACACAGAAAAUACACACCCUGACUCAACAAAUACAAGUCCCUUGAGUCAGGGCGUGACAGUACCCCCCCCCCCAAAGGUGCGGACUCCGACAGCGCCACAUAAACCUAACAGGGUAGGGGCCGGGUGGGCAUUCCGCCUCGGAGGCGGAUCCGGCUCCGGGUGUGACCACCACUUACUCUCCACCUCCCCGUUGCGCCCCUGGUCUGGUCUGGACCUUGGCGCGCUGCUUCCUCUCUCCUUCCUCCCACGAAGUACCACGCCCUGUCUGGACCCUGGUGUGGGAGACCCCGAACCUGGAGAGGGGCUGACGUCUGGGUCUGGACUGGAACCACUGACUGGAGCUGGACCCGACGACGGUGGAUCGAACUGCUCUGGCUCCGGGGUGGAGCCGCUGACCGGAACUGGAUCAGGCACCGGUGGAGCGGACUGCUCUGGCUCCGGAGUGGAACUGCUGACCGGAGCUGGACUAGACCCCGGUGGAGCGGAUUGCUCUGGCUCCGGAGUGGAGCAGCUGACCGGUGCCGGACCAGGCACUGGUGGAACAGGCACGGGCUGUGCCGGACUGGACACACGCACCACUGGCUUGGUGCGGGGAGCAGGAACGGGCCGGACUGGGCUGACGACGCGUACCCCUGGCUUGGUGCGGGGAGUAGGAACGGGCCGGACUGGGCUGACGACGCGCACCACUGGCUUGGUGCGGGGAGCAGGAACGGGCCGUACCGGACUGGCGACGCGCACCACUGGCCUGGAGCGGGGAGCAGGAACGGGCCGGACUGGGCUGACGACGCGCACCACUGGCUUGGUGCGAGGGACAGGAACAGGUCGGACCGGGCUGGCGACGCGUACCACUGGCUUGGUGCAUGGGGCAGGAACAGGCCGGGCCGGGCUGGCGACGCGCAUCACUGACUUGGUGCGAGGAACAGGAACAGGCCGGACCGGGCUGGCGAUGCGCACCACUGGCUUGAUGCGAGGAGCAGGAACGGGCCGAACCAUACUGGGAACACCCACCACUGGCUUAGUGCGGGAAUUAGGAACGGGCCGGACCGGACUGGCGACACGCACCACUCGAUUGGUACGAGGAGCGGGACUGGGUUCCUUCAUUAACCCCCGCUCCUUCUGCUGCCUAACCAGCUCCUCUUGCCGUGCCUCUACACUUUCCUUCUGCUCCCCCUAAACCAAUGACCCCCUUAAUCUGGCGGCCUCCUCUGCUAAACGGCUGAACCGGCAGCCUCCUGCUGCCUCGUCGUCCACGGCGUGAGCCCCCCCCUAAAAAUGUUUGGGGCUUGUCUCUCCCCCGUGAUCAUGGCCUCUAUCCCUCUUGCCAGACUCUCUCAUCUCCUCCCAAGUCCAUCCUCUCUCCUCGUCACGCUGCUUGAUCCAGGAUUGGUGGGAUCUUCUGUCACGAUCGUUUACGGACGAGACGGACCAAGGCGCAGCGUGAUAAGCAUACAUGUUUAUUUACACGAAUAAACCCAACACAGAAAAUACACACCCUGACUCAACAAAUACAAGUCCCUUGAGUCAGGGCGUGACACUGGAGCACAUUCAAAGGGGGUGACACUCUAGAUCCAAACUGUUACAGACCUAUAUCCAUCCUGCCCUGCCUUUCGAAAGUAUUUGAAAGCCAAGUUAACAAACAGAUCACCGACCAUUUCGAAUCCCGCCGUACCUUCUUCGCUAUGCAAUCCGGUUUCCGAGCUGGUCAUGGGUGCACCUCAGCCACGCUCAAGGUCCUAAACGAUAUUAUAACCGCGAUCGAUAAAAGACAGUACUGCGCAGCUGUCUUCAUCGACCUGGCCAAGGCUUUCGACGCUGUCAACCACAGCAUUCUUAUUGGCAGACUAAAUAGCCUUGGUUUCUCAAAUGACUGCCUCGCCUGGUUCACCAACUACUUCUCAGAUAGAGUUCAAUGUGUCAAAUCGGAGGGCCUGUUGUCUGGACCUCUGGCAGUCUCUAUGGGGGUGCCACAGGGUUCAAUUCUUGGGCCGACUCUAUUCUCUGUGUAUAUCAAUGAUGUCGCUCUUGCUGCUGGUGAUGCUCAGAUCCACCUCUAUGCGGACGACACCAUUUUGUAUACAUCUGGCCCUUCAAUGGACACUGUGUUAACAAACCUCCAAACAAGCUUCAACGCCAUACAACACUCCUUCCAUAGCCUCCAACUGCUCUUAAACACUAGUAAAACUAAAUGCAUGCUCUUCAACCGAACGCUGCUUGCACCCGCCCACCCGACUAGAAUCACUACUCUCGGCGGGUCUGACCUAGAGUAUGUGGACAACUACAAAUACCUAGGUGUCUGGUUAGACUGUAAACACUCCUUCCAGACUUACAUUAAGCAUCUCUAAUCAAAAGUUAGAUCUAGAAUCGGCUUCCUAUUUCACAACAAAGCCUCCUUCACUCAUGCUGCCAAACAUGCCCUCAUAAAACUGACUAUCCUACCAAUCCUUGACUGUCAAUUACAAAAUAGCCUCCAACACUCUACUCAGCAAAUUGGAUGUAGUCUAUCACAGUGCCAUCCGUUUUGUCACCAAAGCCUAAUAUACUACCCACCAUUGUGACCUGUACGCCCUUGUUGGCUGGCCCUCACUACAUAUUCGUCGCCAAACCCACUGGCUCCAGGUCAUCUAUAAAUCACUGCUAGACAAAUCCCUGUCUUAUCUUAGCUCACUGGUCACCAUAGCAACACCCACCUGUAGUCUGCGCUCCAGCAGGUUUAUCUCACUAAUCAUCCCCAAAGCCAACACCUCCUUUGGCCGCCAUUCCUUCCAGUUCUCUGCUGCCAAUGACUGGAACGAACUGCAAAAAUCUCUGAUGCUGGAGACACUUAUCUCCCUCACUAACUUUAAGCAUCAGUUGUCAGAGCAGCUUACCGAUCACUGCACCUGUACACAGCCAUUCUGAAAUUAGCCCACCCAACUACCUCAUCCCCAUAUUGUUUUUCAUUUUGCUAAUUUGCACCUCAGUAUCUCUAUUUGCACAUUAUCUUUUGCACAUCUAUCAUUCCAGUGUUAAUACGAAAUUGUAACAAUUUUGCACUAUGGCCUAUUUAUUGCCUUACCUCCAUAACUUACAACAUUCGCACACUGUAUAUAUAUGUUCUGUUGUAUUUUUGACUUGUUUUGUUUUACCCCAUAUGUAAAUCUGUGUUGUUGUUUUUAUCGCACUGCUUUGCUUUAUCUUGGCCAGGUCGCAGUUGUAAAUGAGAACUUGUUCUCAACUGGCUUACCUGGUUAAAUAAAGGUGAAAAACAUAUUUUAAUUUUUUUUUUUGCUGCGUCCAGACAUCUACAUUGGCUCUGUAGAGCCUGGUGCCAUGGUACCUUAUCAAACGCGUACCACUCUGCCUCAAUAUUUUCCCUGGAAACGACCACAGCCCUGUUUGUAGAGGCAUACACAUAUUUGAUGGUGGGACAGGGGUGUCAAACUGGAGUAAAAUAUAGGCAGAAAAUGCUUAUCUUUAGAACACAACCAAUGGUUAAUGUUUCCUGUUUGUUAGAAUUGUCAGUAACGUUUACCGUCACUUUCCUCUCCAGCAAUUGUGGGUGUUUGAUGAGGAUGUUGGAAUUAACUGUCGAGAUGUGACCCAGUGUCUCUACAAGAUAUUUGACGAGAUCCUUGGUGAGUAAGCUACUAUUACAAGUGUAAUGUUAUUCUAUUCAUUUCACGGAUUGUUUACUCACUGAAUAGUUAAACCAUCAAUAUAUGAAAAGCCCUUCCAAGAUUGUGAAGUGACUAUUCUCUGAUUUGUUCUUCUCGCCACAGUAAAUGCUGCAGAUAACAAGCAAAGAGAUAAAACCAUGACCUGCAUCAAAGUCAACAUUGACGUGUGAGUAUUCUCACAUAUUAAAUGUAUUAUACCAUACUGUUUAUUAUGAGAACAACACCAUCAGUGUUUGGAACAAUGGGAAAGGCAUCCCUGUGGUGGAGCACAAGGAGGAGAAGGUCUACGUGCCAGCGCUCAUCUUCGGACAGCUCCUCACCUCCAGUAACUAUGACGACGACCAGAAGAAGGUCACCGGUAAGGCUAAUGCAAUCAGACUUCCAAAAUAAAGGAGAGACUUGAGUAAAUGAGGGAUACAAAGUAUAUUGAAGCAGGCGCUUUCACGCAGGUGUGGUUCCUGAGUUAAUUAAGCAAUUAACAUCCCAUCAACUUAGGGUCAUUUGGGGGGGGUCAGUCUCCAGAUCUGAACACAAUUGAACACUUAUAGGAGAUUCUGGAGCGGUGCUUGAGACUGCAUUUUCCCCCACCAUCAACAAAACACCAGAUCAUGGAAUUUCUCAUGGAAUAAUGGUAUCGCAUCCCUCCAAUACAGUUCCAGACACUUGUAGAAUCUAUUCCAAGGUGCAUUGAAGCUGUUCUGGCCCAACACCCUAUUAAGACACUUUAUGUUGGUGUUUCUUUUAUUUUGUCACUUACCUGUAUAUCGUCACAUGUUAUUGUACUCAAUCUUUAGGCGGACGUAACGGAUAUGGUGCGAAGCUUUGCAAUAUCUUCAGCAACAAGUUCACAGUGGAGACAGCCUGCAAGGAGUCAAAGAAGACAUUCAAGCAGGUCAUCCAAUGUCACCAUACAAAACACACCCAUUUCUUGACAUUUUCUUAGGCUUGUGAUGAUGUAGCCAUUUACCAAAGCCCCUAUUCUAUUUGAUCUUACCUGUGCUCUUUGUGCCCCUGCAGACGUGGUAUGACAACAUGGGGCGGGCCGGAGAGUCCAAGUUCAAGAUGCAGACCCUGGACAAGGACACCGUGGCCAUCAUGACCCGAAGGGCAUACGACAUUGCCGGCACCACCAAGGGUGUCCGCGUGUUCCUCAAUGGGAAGAGGCUACCCGUGACUGCAGGCUAACUUACUAGUAAUCUAAUAGUGCUUUUUUUCCAUCUAGACUUAGUCCGACACCAGGGAGUCGUCAGUGUUUUAUGUUGAUGUAAGCUCUAGUGUUUCCAUCAGGAGUGUGACACUAAAGAGUUGUCGAUCAGAAUCAACAACCUCUUCAUCAUUCAAGACUGUUGCUUUCUGAGGUGUUAAAGUACACCAUUAGCCAUUUGUUAUGUAAAUGCCAGCUGAAAACUACCCAGUGCUUUGGCUCCAAGUUAGAGGUCCGCUGGAGCCAUGGCCCAUUGAGAGACAGGUUCUGGCCCGCGUAGACGGAAACAAAAGUGAGCCUUUUGGGUAAAAACUGGGGUAAAUCGUCAUUGGAAAUGCGCCAUAAGAGUAAUCGCCAGACUAAGAAAUACUCUGCACUAAAGUUACUGGAACAAAAGACACUAACAAGAACAUCUAAUUUGGCUAAUAUAGGACAAUGUCAAUACUGUCUCCAAAUCUAUACUUUUGACGGUUGCAAUUCUGUUGGACUGCAAUGUUAGAUGUUUGUGUGUUUGAUUUACAGCAUUGACGCUUGUGAUGUCCCUGAGAAACCCCACCCCCUCUCUCUCUAGGUGACAAGUUUCCGUAACUAUGUGGACCUGUACCUGAAGGACAAAGUGGACGAGCUGGGCUCUCCCCUCACUGUGGUCCACGAGGUGGUGAACAAGCGUUGGGAGGUGUGCCUCACCAUGAGUGAGAAGGGCUUCCAUCAAGUCAGCUUCGUCAACAGCAUUGCCACCACCAAGGUAACAGGGCAUUUGACUAAGGGGCUUGUGGUUUUGUUGUGAUGUGUGUACUGUAAUGUUUGGGAUUGAGAUGAGGCAUGGAAGCUAAUGGCAAAUGUCAACUUAUCUCUUAUUGGACGAUAACAUUUUGGAUUUUGAGACAUAACGGCUUACCAACCGCUUUUGGUUUUAUUACUUGAGUCAUUUUCCAUUUUUGGCAACAGGGUGGGAGACAUGCUGACUACGUGGCAGACCAGGUGACCUCCAAGCUCAUCGAGGUGGUCAAGAAGAAGAACAAAGCUGGAGUGGUUGUCAAGCCUUUCCAGGUACCCCCACCAUACUGUCAACUAGGGGUGUGCCGACUAGUCGGACAAAACAAGUAUCGUAACGGAUAUGGGUUAUUUUCCUGAUACGAUUUUAAUCUGAGUAUUUUUUUGUAAUUAUCCUUGAUCAGACAAAGUCAGGUGCCAGCACGCAUCUUUCAAUCAAGUGCGAGGUGCUACAUGGUCUAAAUGAGUCAACUGGCUAUUUUGCUUGUCUGUAAAGAGAAGGGCGGUCUGUAGGUUGAUCCUGUUGCUCUGAUUGGAUAGGGACUAUUCCUCCGUCCACUCACUUCGCUUCAUAAUUUCACCUGAUCACUUCUCGCAUAUUUCGGUAUGACCAUUUAGAUUGCUGCUGCAUACUGUUAGGCUGCUAUUAUGAUCAAUCGAAUGGCGAGGACGUUUACUAGCAAGCUAUUAAUGUGCAUAAUAUCUAACAAGCGGGCGAGCGUAGUGGGAAGAAAAUGAAACUCUGAUGCGCAUUCUGGCUGGGUGACAGCAAACUUGUCUGCCCACUGCAAGUUGAGGACACAGGCUACAUACCUCUCCGCGAGCUGCUCCUAAUCUGCACUUGUUUUGGUCUAUAAACGUGCAGGGAGAUGGGUAUUUUGCCAGAAUCUACAUAGGCAUAUUAAAAACGUCAUAUGAGCCAUAUUCCUUCAUCAGAGAUAAUAAGAUAAAACCUUAUUGUCCAUGAAUUCUUCAUAACGUGGACAUUUAAUAGGUUUGUACUUUGUCCAACUCUCCCCAGGUGAAGAACCACAUGUGGCUGUUUGUCAACUGCCUGAUCGAGAACCCCACCUUCGACUCCCAGACCAAGGAGAACAUGACCCUGCAGCAGAAGAGCUUCGGUUCCACCUGCCCCCUCUGUGACAAGUUUAUCAAACAGGUAAAAUAAGCCUUACCCAAAGUUCAUAGUUCAUUCUCUCCAUAGAAUGUCCAGGGCCACUGAUACAAAAUCUCAUACGCUUGGAACCAUUUCGUAAAUGGUUUAUUUUUGUCACCCAGGCCAACUCCUGUGGGAUAGUGGAGAGCAUCAUGAACUGGGUGAAGUUCAAGGCCCAGACGCAGCUCAACAAGAAGUGCUCUGCCAUCAAGCACACCAAGAUCAAGGGCGUGCCAAAGAUGGAUGACGCCAAUGACGCAGGUAAAUCUAAUUAAGUCAUAUGUCUGGUCAGUAAGGCAGAACAUUAUUUAUCUUCAAGAGGUUCUCCCUUACAGUUCACUUUUAGUUACUUAUACUCUUCCCCUUAGUUGUCUAAAACUGAAACCAUAAAUCAACUUGUUAAUCGGUAAAGUUUUGCACUUAGUAACAGGGGCGGUCUGUUCAAUAGGGCGAUAUGGGCGACGCACUGCCAAACGGGAAAAGGAAGGGAUUUUUUUUCUAAUCAAUUAUAUCACGGCAACAGUAGUUCAGUGUUCUAAUCUAGACGUUUGAUCUGCCAGCCACUAAAUGUCCAAUCAGGCUAAAGUCGUGCUUCAAAUGUCCCCGCCCGUUUUGGGGCGAUUUCAGUCAGGUUGAAAAUCGCCCAGAAGUCUCUCAUAGCCUCUAAUGUAAAAUAUUUUUUUUUCAAAUUUCAGAGCUUUCAAUACAAUCUCUAUGGGUUUCUGAGGGCUUGCACUUACGCGCUUUCGUCAUACGUAACGUAACGUAACCAUGAACGUAACUAAGAAACUACUCUUUCACCCUGAAGGCGGCACGGCAGACAGCACCGCUUGGACAGCGACUGGUGUAACCGACAUGCACCAUCUUUCAGAAAAGAUUAAGAAAAAUGAGCUGUCAAAGACCCACAUUGAUAGCUGUUUGAGAUAGUCUGCUUUGGGGAGAGUGAAUAUUGCCACUCAACUGGAUGAGGGAUACAGGCUAGCUGUCCGCCGCCACAACGAUGAGGUUAGCAACAGCAGAGUCGUGAACACUGUCUACGAGAAUCGAGACGACCUCAUAGAAUGUUUUGAAGCCAUCCGGACGGGUUCAUUGGGUUCAUUUGACCAGCCCACCGUACCAGAAGCUACAGAAGAAGGACAUCGAUGCUGUCUUUAUCAAACGUGCCCUCGACAGCUUCGCAAGCAGUGUGCAGGCCAUAAGGUAAGAUAAAGAUUAAACAAUAUCAUUCGAUCUUUCUCAAAGCAGAGCUUUAUUUGAAAAUGUAUGCAUGAAAGGAGACUGCAUUUGUGUUUGAAAUUACAUUAUUCUCAUUAUAUAUGGCCAGUGGUGUAAUCUAUCUUAUUUUAUAUACUAUGUGUACUGUACAGUGGUGCUCAUAAGUGUAUGAACACAUUCUAAAGCUGACUAAAAAGAGGAAUAAAAAAAUAAAAAAAUCAUCUUUUGGAAAUUGAUCUUAAUGACUUAAUUAGAAAAGUUGGAAAAUCCAACCUUUAAGGACACCAAUUUUAUUUUAUUUUUUAUUCCUCUUUUUAGUCAACUUUAGCAUGGGAUCAUAAGCUUAUGAGCACUGUGCUGAACAUCCAGGCUAUGUGAGACACAAAGGCUAACUUAAACACUAAAGACUUUAUGCAUCCCUGCCCAUUUUAAGUGGAACUGAAGUAUUUGUACUAUACAUGGAUACAUUGCAUAUACCUGUGCAUCACAUAGACAACAAUACUGUACAAAGCCAACAAACACAUUGGUCUGUUUGCCUUCAGGGACUCCUCUCAACAGCAGCUGCAAGAAGCAACAGGAGCCAAAAGACCCAGAACAGCUUUGAGAGAAGAGGAGAAGCAGAGGCUGUCUGAAGAGGUCUGCAACACCAUCCUGGAUCACACCAAAGAAAGGUUCUCUUUCUCUGGCCACCUUGUGAGUGCUACCUUACUGCAAGCAGACAUGUUUGAAAGGUACUGCCAUUCAAAAAAAUAAAAAAUCUGUUCAUGUUCAUUUUUACAAAUCUAUACAAUUGGCCAGAAUAUGGUUGUUCAUAUUUACAAAUCUAUACAAUUGGCCAGAAUAUGGUUGUUCAUUUUUACAAAGCCAUACAUAUUGUUUAUGCAGUGUUGAGGAAUGUGAAAGAACACCCUUGAUUAUUUUUACUGUGAUAACUUAUUUUGCUUUUGUAAGCCAACACUUUUGAGAUCAGUCAAUAAAUGCUUCUGGUAUUGACUUAUAUGCUGCCCCUGUCUUCAUGUUGUUGCUGGACAUAUCUUUUUAAAAAUGUGUGUAGGUCACCUAAAUCAUCAGAAAAAUUGCCCCCCCCCUGAGAAUUUUUUCAGGAGCCACUAAGCCACUGCUUAGUAAUGACUUCAUAUGAAUAAUGAUGACUAAGUUAUCAUGUUGUUACGACCAGGUGGUAAGAACUCCAAUGGCUGCACUCUCAUCCUGACUGAGGGAGAUUCGGCCAAGACGCUGGCCGUGUCUGGUCUGGGUGUGGUGGGCAGGGAUCGCUACGGAGUCUUCCCUCUCAGGGGGAAAAUGCUCAACGUGCGGGAGGCCUCGCACAAGCAGGUGAGAACAUAGGCCUAAACAAUACAUUACUAAGACUAUUGUAUUAACUGUAUUAAAGGGAAAAUUGGUUAGCAUCAUAGACAUAGUUAUGUACUGUAUAUUGUUAUAUAAUGCUCUGAUGAGAAUACAAUUGAUAAUGACUUUAUUAUCCCUGUGGGGAAAUGUUGUUCUGUGUUGAAUCAAUCCUCACCAUACCGUAUGUUUUACAAAGGGCCCUCCCCUCUAGAAAGUUUGGCAUUUGCUGUGGUCGUUCACUAUUGGACUAGAUGUUAAUGGUUUGAUCCCUGUCUGUCCCCUGUAUCAGAUCAUGGAGAAUGCUGAGAUCAAUAACAUCAUCAAGAUCCUGGGGCUGCAGUACAGGAAGAACUACAGCGACCCAGAGUCCCUCAAGUCUCUGCGCUACGGCAAACUCAUGAUCAUGACCGAUGAGGUCUGCACUGUCUAAUGGAAAAUUCUCACUGGAAUUUAGAGCUUUGUCUGUAAACUCAUUUGUGUAGAACAUUGGAAUUUCUUUUAAAAUGUAACCUUGAUUUAGCCAUGACCUCCUAUUGAUUGAGACAGUAUUUUCCACCUAGCCAGUAAAGCAGCUCUAUUCUAGAAUAAAAAUCAUACUUUUCAUCAAAGGCUGCGAUUACACAGGCAGCUCAAUUCUGAUCUUUUUUCACCAAUUGGUCUUUUGACCAAUCACGUCAGAUAUUUUUCAGAGCUGAUCUGAUUGGUCAAAAUAAUAAUAAUAUAAUAUGCCAUUUAGCAGACGCUUUUAUCCAAAGCGACUUACAGUCAUGCGUGCAUACAUUUUUUUUGGUGUAUGGGUGGUCCCGGGGAUCGAACCCACUACCUUGGCGUUACAAGCGCCAUGCUCUACCAGCUGAGCUACAGAGGACCAAUUAGCAGGGAAAAAACAUUUUGCCUGCCUGUGUAGACGUAGCCAUAAUACUCUAGUCAGAGUCCACAGUAGACUAGUUGUUUCACCGACAAUUGCUCACAUCAUUGAUCUCUCCUGUUUGGUUGUCUGACUGGACAGGACCUGGACGGCUCCCACAUCAAGGGGUUGCUCAUCAAAUUCAUCCACCACAACUGGCCUUCGCUGAACUUCCUAGAGGAGUUAAUCAUCCCCAUCCCCAUCAUCAAGGAACAUGGUACAGUCUGACAGACUAAUGGUUGCUGUUUUGUGCACUGAUACUUCAAGGCAACUCCCUGUAGUGAAAAAUCUCAUUUGAAUACAGCUAUAUUUAAUACAGCCAUGUCAACUCUUAGGUUGAACUAGAACUAAGACAACAACAAUGUAGAAGCUUUCCAUGUACAGUAUCCUGAACUAGUCUUUACAUGUAACACCAGUGUCAUCUGUUGGUGAUAUAUUGUUAAUGUAAUAAACACAGUUUUACAGUAGCAAGCAUUUUGAGGUUAUUGCAGGUCCAUUUGAUUUGACACUCACCUAAGCAGUAACAAUUAAAACUCUAUACUCAAUUUGAAUUCUUCCAGGCCACCAACAAGAAGCAUGAGCUGCCCUUUUACAGCAUCCCAGAGUUCAACGAGUGGAAGGACAAGCAGCCCAACAUCAAAUCUUGGAAAACAAAAUACUACAAAGGUUUGUCCCCUGUGGUAGUGAAGCUGAACAUGUAAGCAGCCACGUCAUAUCUUUCACAUACCUGCUACUUUUGAAGGUGGUAUUUUACAAUAAACCCCAUAUAUUUAGAUAUGCUUCUGCACAUGCAGCCCAAUUCUGACCCUUUUUUUCACUAAUUAGUCUUAUGACCAAUCGCAUCAGAUUUACAUUUUAGUCAUUUAGCAGACGCUCUUAUCCAGAGCGACUUACAGUUAGUGCAUACAUAAUUUUUUUUCCAUACCCCCUGUGGGAAUCGAACCCACAACCCUGGCGUUGCAAACGCCAUGCCCUAUCAACUGAGCUACUUCCCUGCCAGCCAUUCCCUCCCCUACCCUGGAUGACGCUGGGCCAAUUGCACGCCGCCCCAUGGGUCUCGCGGUCGCGGCCGGCUACGACAGAGCCUGGAUUCGAACCAGGAUCUCUAGUUGCACAGCUAGCACUGCGUGCCUUUGACCACUGCGCCACUCGGGAGAUUUGUCACGUCAGAAUUUUUUUAGGGCUGAUCUGAUUGGUCAGAAGAUCAAUUAGUGAGAAAAAGAUCAGACGUGUGCUGCUUGUGUAAACUCAGCCAAACAUCAGCACCUGUAACUGUCCAGGUUUGGGUACCAGCACUUCGAAGGAGGCUAAGGAGUACUUCUCCGACAUGCAGAGACGUCGCAUCCCCUUCAAAAAUGCAGGACCUGUUGACGACGAAGCAAUUACCCUGGUAACUUGA